AUGGCAACUCAUUUAUCGACCGCUCCGACACCACCUGUCAACGGCGACGCGCGGGGACCUUUGAGCCUUUCGACACCCGGAAACAUGUCAGCACCGGCACCCGGUGUGAAUCGCAAGAAGCAAAAGCGUCGACAAAAGCAAGCUGCUCGCCUGGCAGCGGAGCCGAACCCCUCGCAUGCCUCCGGCGACCUCGCCGACCCGGCUGAUGAUCGACACUCCUACGAUGACAAUGCCGACCUCGAAAGUGCGGAUGGAAAUCAUUCUGGAGACGACCAAUUUUACAGGAACGGGGAAUCAGGCUCACACCAUGACCUUGCUUCUCCAGACGAGCCCGACGAUCAUCACCACCUUAUGGGCGACCGAUCAAAGAAAAAGAAAACCAGAAAAGGCCGCUCUGGAUCACACACCCACGCUGAUGGCAGCUCGACUCCCCUCUCUACUCCUUCCGCCACCUUCUCCCAUCCUCCGCCGCCUCACUCUCUGUCUUAUCCCACCAGAUUCCCUGCCCGAUCCGGCAAGGAAAACAGCAUUUGGAACCAGUCAUCACUGGAGGAACGCGAGAACAUCCGAACUUUCUGGUUUGAGUUGGGCGAAGAGGAGCGUCGCCAGCUUGUCAAAGUCGAGAAAGAUGCUGUUUUGAAGAAGAUGAAGGAACAGCAGAAGCACUCGUGUAGUUGUACUGUCUGUGGCAGGAAGCGCACUGCAAUUGAAGAAGAGCUGGAAGUACUUUACGAUGCGUACUACGAAGAGCUUGAACAAUACGCGAACAACAACCAAGGCUCCUUUGAGGAAGGAGCUCCCAUCAUCCCACCACCUCGCUUGUACCAACCCCCACUUCGAUCACCCGGCCAGCAUACUCGGACCCAUGGCCAAUUUCAUCCGUCACGAGGCCGAGUCCAAGAGGAACCGGAAGAUGAAGAGGAUCUUGAAGAUGAUUACGACGAAGAAGAGGAGGAAGAGGACGAGGAUGACGAUGAGCUGUACAGUGACGAUGAAUUUGAGGACGAGGAAGCCCGCGCUGCUCGCGCGGACUUCUUUGCCUUUGGUAAUAGUCUCACUGUAAAAGACGGCAUUCUUACGGUGGCAGAUGAUCUUCUCAAAAAUGACGGCAAACACUUUAUCGACAUGAUGGAGCAAUUAGCCGAGCGACGAAUGCAACGAGAAGAAGACACUCAGUACAGCAUAGCCACCGCUCACCAAUCUUUCCAUGCCGGUCACAAUCACGGACCUCUCGACGACGAAGACUACGACGACGAAGAGGACGAGGACUACGACAGCCAGGAAGAAGAAGAAUUCGACGAGGACGAAAUGGAUGCCAUGACCGAAGAACAGCGUAUGCAAGAGGGGCGGCGAAUGUUCCAAAUAUUUGCAGCUCGAAUGUUCGAACAACGAGUCAUGACGGCAUAUCGAGAGAAAGUCGCCGAGCAGCGCCAGAAGCAACUCAUAGAGGAACUUUUGGAGGAAGAGAAUCGAAACGAGCAGCGGAAUGCCAAGAAAGCUCGCGAGGCUCAAAAGAAGAAAGAUAAGAAGCGCUUGCAGAAGCAGGCAAAGGAAGAGGAGAAGGCUCGCCGAGAUGCCGAGAAAGCAGCGGAGGAGGCUGACAUCAAGGCCGCACAGGAAAAGAAGCUUGAGGAGCAGCGCGUGAAACGCGAAGAGCAGCGGAAAAAGCGCGAGGCUGAACGCAAGGCCCAAGAGGAAGAGCGUGCACGCAAGGAAGCCGAGAAGCAACGGCGUGUUAAGGAAGACCGAGAACGUCAAGCUGAAGCUGAACGCAAGCAACGCGAACAGAAGGAGGAGAAGAAGAAACGAGACGAAGCGAUGCGCAAGGAGAAGGCCGAUCGCGACAGGAAGGCCAAGGAGGAGCAUGAGCACAAGAUGCGCGAGCAGCAGGCGAAGAGGGACCGGGAGGCCGUUCGAGCGGAUCAAGAUAGGGGAUUUGCUAGGAAAUCAGCGCCCCUAUACCCUGCUUCCAUCCCUAUUGCUCCAAGUCUCCCAUCCCAUCCGUUUACCGGCUCGCUUCAAUCACCACUUUAUGCUACAGCUUCACCUGUUGCUCCUAAAGCGUCAACCCCCGGAAGACCACGCCAACCGUCUCAGCAGGGAUCGCACACAUCCUCUCCUCAUUCACAGCCCGGGUCCUCAGAUUUCCCUCUACAACCGUCCAUCUCACCUCGCUCUUUGGCACAACCGCAGGGCAGACAGGGACCUCAGCACCAGCCUCCUUUACACCAUCCUCAACCUUCUGCUCCCCUCUCGCCUCUUGGUCGAAAUGUUCCUUCUGGAUACUCAGGAUUGGGCGGUUUGCCCUCCAACCCUUCGGGUCUACCGCCAAUGGGUGGCCGGCCUCUCCAAUCUGACUUGCAUAUGUACUCUCCUAACUCUGGCAUGAUGAGCCACCUGCGCGGGUUCGCUGGGCCGGGAGGAAUUCCUGCACCGCCUGGAAUCGGAGGAGUGCGUCCCAUCCCCCAGGGCCGAGGGUUCCCCUCAGAGCCUGGGCAUGGCUUUCCCUUCCCCGGACCGCCUGGGAUCCCCGGUGCGUUCCCUAUGCAGCAGAGCUUGCCAAAGUCUCAUUCACGGCAACCAUCUGCAUCGUUUGAUCGAUCGCCGUUGGAGUCGGGUUCCCAACCGUUCUCGAUUACACGACCAAGCCCCAUCAAGCGCCCCUCAAGCACAGCACAAGAUCAGCAGGAAGGUAGUCAUGCUCCAUAUCAGCGAGAGGUAGAUCAAUUGAGUACUCAAUUGGGUAGCAGUGCGCUUCUCGAUGAUACUGAUGAUCCAUACUCAUCGAAGCUAUCCCAGUCGUUGCCCGGUGCCACGGCUCCCGGACAGUUCCCCACGCCAUCACGGGCUAGUUUCCAGGGAUCGUCGCUGUUUGCAGAUCCUCUCGGAUCGAAACAUGCGAAUUUCCCUGCAGUCGGUCCUGGCUGGGGUGCUGCUCCUUUCGGGAGCACGGCCUUCCCCGGUGCAUCUACCUGGGGACCUACACCCACCGGAAGUGGCUGGUCUCAUAACGCCUUUGCAGCCGGUGGUCACCACCGCGCUCAUACGUCGCGACCUGUGACCAUCCGCCUCCUGGUAAUCCAAUCCUGCAAGCACUUGAACACGUUGAGCCCUACUCCCGGUUCUGGAGGCUACCACAACGUGAAUCUAGUGCUAGGCCAGGUGGAGCAGCUCCGACCAUCGAACGAGCCCGCAAUCUCACUGGAUGAACUGCUUGAUAUCUGUGACACAGAGGGAAGCCCCCAGAAUGGCGGCGGGUCAUUCUUCAUCAAGGAAGAUGAAAACGGCCGGUACGUCAAGUUCGAGCCAGACACCAACAGCGCCGUGCCUGGUCAUCGGGGCAGCCUCGUGCCUGGUGAUAUCGGCAGUCCAAUCCCUGGGAAUAGCAAUCCGGCCGCCUUCGGUGGAUUCGGUACUCCCUCCGUCCUGCGGCAGUACACCUCGCCACCGGCUGGAUUGUUUGGCGGGACCUCCUAA